AUGGAAGUGCAUAAAAACCCAGAAAGUAGCACCAUUGAAAAGAAAAUUAAGAGGGGAAAUGCGAAGAGACAGGCCUCUGCUUGGAGAGGUAUGGUGGUCACGCUGUUGCUGCUAACAGGAGUCACUGGACUGGUGAGCUGGAUGUGUUUCACAUGGAAUGAUGACUUGACCACACUGGUUUCAAGAAGAGAUACCCUCACUCAGCUUAGAGGGUUCACAGUUGAGUGCUCUGAAGACUACAAGAAGUACAAGCUCUUCCCAGGUUGCACCCCAAAAAAAUGCGGCAGAUCCAUUUUAGACAGUGUUGUGACUUUGGAGGAAGCUCAGAAGCUUAGAAGUAUCAGAUUAAGCUCAGCUCACCAGUUCAUCACUCUGCUUAAUGGGAAGAUACUGGAAAAGACCAUUGCCUCCAUCCUGGAUCUUCACUCUGGGGCAUUGUCGAUGGGAAAGCAGUUUGUGAAUAUCUAUAGAUAUUUUAAGAAUGAUAUAAGGGAUGUUUUUACAGAAGAAGAUUUUGAACUAUACAGUGAUGUCUGUAGCCGAAUUCAAAAGACAAUAACUGGGACAUUUGUUCUGGACACCAAACAGAUGUACCUCACCAAGCCCACCUUCUUCUCUCUCAUCAACAGCACCUCUGCCAAAACCACUCAUGAUGAGUACUGGGACCCACAUAUCGAUAAGGAGACUUAUGGAUCAUUUGACUACAUGUCUUUGCUCUACUUGUCUGAUUAUGGGUAGGAGUUCAGUGGCGGACGGUUUGUCUUCAUGGACCCCAGUAGCAACAGGACGGUGGAGCCAUGUGCUGGGAAAUACAGUCGGGUGUCAUUCUUCUCAUCCGGUUCUGAGAACCUCCAUCAUGUGGAGAAGGUCACUUGGGGUACGCGAUAUGCCAGGGUGUCUUUCUAGUGUGACCCUGAUUAUGCCAUUGAUAACCCCUCCCUGCUGUAGGAUCCACCCGGCUCAGAUGAGUGACAGGAACCCUAGGGCGAACACACAGGAAAAUACUGAAGCAACAGUUGGGUUCAUGGCAUAAAAAAAACUCUUAUUGUCCCAUUAGAAAAAUGUUUGGGAUUUUCUGUGCUUAGUUGGGUUUUGUCUGCUUUAGAUUUUUUAUUUAAAUGCUGCUUUGUAUUUUCAGGAGAUUUACUUGAAUUGCCAUCAUUUUGAAGAUAUGCUUCUUUACAGUUGAAUUAUCUCUUUCCUGGCUGUGCUUCACUCUUUAAAAUCUUUUAUAUUUUUAUAGCUAAAUCACUGUCUAGACAGGACACACAAAUGAGAUGAGAGAACAGUUGUAUGUAAUGAAAACAAGGAGCUGGAAGAUAUUUCUGUUUGUCACCACCUGAAAAAUGUUCUUUGUAGAAUUGCUUUCAAAAACUACUUAAUGAAACAUCAAUGCUUCCGAUACCAAAAGAAUAUUU